AUGACAGACGCUAAUGAAAUUCUGGCACUAAAAAGUGGUUCCUGGCGAAAAAUUGAUCGAUCCUCAGGUAGGACAGAUAGCUCUUUGCUGUCUAUUGGAGAACGUUUGACAUCUCUACACGGAGCAUUUAAUUGGCUUGGUAUCUUAUCAAGGCUUUCCAUGGUUAUGUUUAAUAUUUCAGAUGAAAUGUAUGGAGAGAUAGCAUUGCCAGAGACGAUAUGCUUGCUCCCUUUAUAUAAAAUCAAGGUUGAUUUUGAUGUGGGCGCAUCCGUGUUGGGAGGAAACCUUUGUGUUUACUACACGGACGAGAGAAUUUUUAAUUUAUGGGUGAUGAAAGACUAUGGUGUUAAAGAAUCUUGGACAAAAUUGUUCGUUGUACCAAAUAAUGGAAUUCUACGUAUAAUACCAGUAUAUAUGUUUUCAGAUGGUGAAGUACUGUUCGGCUAUGAAGAUUGGAGAAAACUAACAAAAAUUGAAUAUAGAAUAAUAUCCGGUGGAUCAGUUGGAUUAAGCAAUCGAAUGUGGCCUCUAGAUUGUGAUGAUACUGAUGCAGUUACCAUUGAUAAUGAUGGUGUUGAUCAAUUUGUCUAUACGGAAAGUCUGAUCUCUCCGAAAUUGGGUCAUUAG